AUGUCGACUUGCACCGACGAGGCCGACAACGCACCCCUGCACAUGCAGGAGGCUCUGUCACCGGUGCAGGAGGGCCCAGUGUCUCCGGCGUCCUCCUCCCUGAGCAACCAGAAUCAAAACGAGAGCGAGCAACAGGUGUUGCUCGCGACGAUGCAGCCGGUGAACGUGCUGGACCUGCACGAGCCAGCCACCGUGCACUCGCUUCAUCCAAAGUAUCAUCACCAUCAUCGACACCAUCACCACCAUCAUCACCAUCAUCACCAACAGCAGCACAUCCACGGGGAUCCAGACGACGUUCAGCAACGACCUGGCGACGAGGCUGACGGACGUGUGACGCCGGGCACGGAUUCGGGGUCUGGUAAUCCGUCGCUCGGCGUCGGCGAGCACAAGAUGAUCGAUCUGAUCUACAACGACGGCCAGAAAACUGUCAUGUACACCCACGACAAGGAGAUCAUAUACGAAAACGAGGCGGACCGUGUACAGGUGGUCGAGUAUCCACCACCGCCACCAUCCCCACCGUCACCUUCGCCACCGUCGACCGUCACCAGAACUGGACUUUUGCCACCCGCUUGCGUCACACCUAGAUCUGGAUCGGCCACCGCCGCCCUCCAUUUGCACCAUUAUCCCCAGCUGCAGCUACAACACGAGGACGAUCUUCCGCCUGGUGUCCGUCACGCAGUAACCGCCACCGUGCCCAAUUGCGCUGCCGCCACCACCACCACCACAGUUUUGGUGCUCUCGGAACUGGUUGCCGCUGAUCCAGCCGCUGGCGCCGCGGCUGCGCAACAACUCACCCUCACCGCCGCUGCUGCUGCCUCCCUUCGGGCUGGGUAA